AACGCUUCCUUCAAAAUUAGGGUUUCCCUGUUGGGAUUACACCUGCAGUCUGAACAUUAGGUUAAGAUUUCUUUCCACAUCGGCCUUUCAAGGCGCUUCAAGAUUUUAAGUUUGAAGAGCUCCAGGUAGCUCCUGCAGUACCAUUUCAGGAAACCAUCUGAGCUCAAGUCAACUUUUCAGCUGAGCUUGAGGGCGCUUUGAAAUUUUUCAAUUGAUUAGAGUGCUGCCUGCACCAAUUCAGGAUGGUGCUCAUUCACGUCAAGCGGAGUGAAGAAGACCAGUUUCUUUUUGAAACGACGUGCUCUGAAGAAGUGGACACCCUGAUCAGGCAGCUGGUGAACAUUACUAAUCUGCGCGGAAGGAUAAGCCGGCUGCAGCAGGAAGGGGAGCAGCUAGCCAAGCAUGGCCCAGCUCGACCACCAGAGGAUGACGACGCAGCGGAGAAACUUGCGGAAGUCAGCUUAAGUGAAAGGGAGGGCAGUCAGGCAGGGGAGAACCACUGUGCAGACCCGUCAGAGCGGCGUACAGGAGCAGCGCCAUCGCCGGAAGCAGCAGAGGCCCUCAGGAAAGCCCUUGCAGAAGCGGCAGCCUACAUCUCGAAGGAUCAAGUCGCGAACAAGGUGGCUCUGACCGAGGCCCGCCUGCGAGAGGUCGUGGACAGCAUACGGGAAGCCGUCCACCGCUGCUUUCCUGACGGGCUCCCUGCUUACGACCCUGUGCGUCAGGAGCUCGAGGUCGGAACGACGGCCGCCGAUUCUGAGGUGGACCCCAACACGGCGACGCUGUGGUGGGCCGGCAAGGAGCUGCUCCGGGGGAACAAGCUCAGCCAGCACGUCGGCAAGAACGAGAAAACCAAGGUCGUAGCGAAGCUACAAAAGAAGGGCGUCGGGCCACCUUCGAGAGAGCCGCCUGCGGAUGCCGAGACUCAAAAGGCCAUGAUGGCCUGGUACUUUAAAAAGCAGCAGGAGGAAAAGGCUCUUGCGGAAGACGACGAUGAUGCCUUCACGAACUCGGCCUGGGCCAACCCAAAAGCUCUUAAGAGUGCGUUCUCUGGGGUUGGAAACAUCACAUGGAAGUAGCCGGUCAGCGGGCAUUAGUACUAAGACUCCGGCCGUUCUUGUCACAGCAGUGGGAAGAGAAAUGUGAACAACAUACACUUGCAUGAUGGUCUGGGCAUCCACUUAUACGGUUCUCUCCUACAUCUUCUUUCUGACGUAUC